UGGCAUCAACAGAUCAUAUCAUUUGGCAGUGUACUACUGGUGACAAGUCUAACAAUCGUGUGUACUAGGUUCAAUAUUACUAUAUGGCCUGCCCGGACGGCAAAAGCUGAUCACGGUGAGAACAAAAGAGAGAAAUUCGGAUGAUGACGAAGAAGAACGGGCCCUUAGCUGGCAAGAUCUGCUGGUAAUAGUAUUGCAGGUAUGCCACAUGCACAACCAAGUGCGCACGUACGCAAGAAUUUCGACAGACAGCAUAUAAAAGCUAUCUUCAGAAUGAUGUGGUCCCGUAUCACACCAGUCACAAACAAUGCGUUUCUCCUCUGCAAUUCAAGUUGUCCUCGCCGUCAUUACUGCUUUAACAUCGAUCUCUGCCACGCCCGCUCAGAACCCGGCAGGCGCCGAAAUCUGUGAUGUGUAUUGCCUCAUUAAUAAAGAUUGCACAUCAGCCUGCAGCCGCGACUUCUCGCUAUGCCUCAAUAACGCCUGCUAUAUAAAACGUGACGGAAUGAAAAGCUGGCAAGAUCUGCUGGUAAUAGUAUUGCAGAACCCGGCAGGCGCCGAAAUUUGUGAUGUGUUUUGCGUCACUGAUGAAGAUUGCACAAAAGCCUGCCCCGACUACCUGCUAUGCUUCGAUGCCAGCUGCCAUUGGGGUCAUGAUGCAUGA